AUGGUAGACGGGAAAUUGAGCAAGAAGUUUGACGUUGAUUUUGUUCCAACUAUCAGUGAUAGCGAAGAUGAUAUUCCUGAUUUAGAAAUAUCCGAUGCAGACGAAGAACGUGAUACUGUUACCGUUAAGAAAUCGAAAAAAAAGACAAAGACAAAAAAAUCAAAUAAAGUAAAAAAGCAAACCGAUGAUAUAGAUGAGGAUGUACACGAAGAUAUUAACCCUGAUUUUCAAUUCAAUUUAAACGAAGAAGAUACCUAUAUCACUGGAACUGAGAAUGGUUGGAAUUUUGGUGAUGAUGAAGACAAAGAGGAUACUACCAAUAAAUAUGUUGAUUUAGAUGGAAUUAUUAAAAGAAAGGGUGGUUUAGUUAAUAUUGUAGGUUUGGAAAAUGAAGAAGAAGAAAAAGAAAAAGAAAAAGAAAAAGAAAAAGAAAAAGAGGAUGAUGAUGAAUUAGCUAUGGAUGGAUUUGGUAUGGGAACAAUGCUUCAAAAACAUGAAGAGGAAGAAGAAGAAGAAGAUAAUGAUGAUGAUGAAAAAGAAAGUGAAAAUGAGAAGGAAGAAUUAAUUUUAGACGGCAAGAUAAAUAAGGAUGAUGUGGAAGAAAAAGAUUCAAAAGAAGCUGAAGCCGCAUUUUAUGCUCCUCACACAGAAAGUGAAGACGCCAAAAAAUCAGUUCAUAAAUCGUUUAAUUCAUUAUCGUUGUCUCGUCCAAUCCUAAAAGGUUUAAACGCUUUAGGUUAUACUACUCCAUCUCCGAUUCAAAGUGCCUCCAUUCCAAUUGCCUUAUUAGGUAAAGAUAUCAUUGCUGGUGCUGUUACUGGUUCUGGUAAAACCGCUGCGUUUAUGAUUCCGAUCAUUGAACGUUUAUUAUACAAGCCAACCACAAUGCCAGCUACAAGGGUUAUUGUGCUAACGCCAACCCGUGAAUUGGCACUUCAAAUUUCUGAUGUGGGUAAAAAAAUUGCUAAAUUUGUCAACGGUGUUUCCUUUGGGUUAGCUGUCGGUGGUUUGAAUUUAAGACAGCAAGAACAGCAAUUGAAAAGCAGACCAGAUAUUGUUAUUGCAACUCCAGGUAGAUUUAUUGACCAUAUUAGGAACUCACCCUCAUUUUCAGUGGAUUCUGUAGAAAUUUUAGUCCUAGAUGAAGCCGAUAGAAUGUUAGAGGAAGGGUUCCAGGAUGAGUUAAGUGAAAUUAUGUCUUUACUACCAAGCAAAAGACAAACUAUGCUAUUUUCUGCAACGAUGAAUUCUCGUAUUAAACAAUUAAUCUCAUUAUCUUUGAAACAACCCGUUAGGAUUAUGAUUGAUCCUCCAAAGCAAGCAGCUAAUAAAUUGACCCAAGAGUUUGUUCGUAUUCGUAAAAGAGAAAAUUUGAAACCGGCUCUAUUAUUUAAUCUAUUGAAAAAGCUUGAUAAUGCGGGGCAAUCAAGAAUUGUCGUUUUUGUUUCACGGAAAGAAAUGGCCCAUAGAUUAAGAAUUAUCUUGGGUUUAUUGGGUAUGAAAGCAGCAGAAUUGCACGGGUCCUUAUCACAAGAACAACGGUUGCAAUCUGUUACCAAUUUUAAGAAUUUGGUAGUUCCAGUUUUGAUUUGUACUGAUUUGGCUUCUAGAGGGUUAGAUAUUCCAAAGAUCGAAGUGGUUAUAAACUUUGAUAUGCCUAAAACUUAUGAAAUUUAUUUGCAUAGAGUUGGUCGUACGGCAAGAGCUGGCAGAGAGGGUCGCUCGGUCUCAUUUGUGGGAGAAAGUGCCCAAGAUAGAGCCAUUGUCAGAUCAGCUAUUAGUUCGCUUUCUUCAAGUACUGGUCGUGGUAAAGCUUUAGGCAGAAACGUUAAUUGGAAUGAUGUAGAAAACAUAAAUAAGAUAAUUGAUGCUAAAACAGAGGUGAUAGAUGAUGUUUUGGAGGAAGAAAAACAAGAAAAGGAAAUAUUGAGGGCUGAAAUGGAAAUUAAAAAGGGUGAGAAUAUGUUAAAACAUAAACAAGAAAUUCAGAGUAGACCAAAAAGAACUUGGUUUCAAAGCGAAAAGGAAAAGAAAAACUCAAAAAUGUUACAAGUGCUUUCUGAAACGAAAAAACCAACCAAUGCUAGAAAGAGAAAGCAACAAGAAGCUAGAGAAGAUGUUGAGCGAUCGUACAAGAAAACUCAAAAAGAUCGUAAAGAAGAUCAAGAUCGUUACAUAAAGAGACAAAAGAAAAAUGAUGGUAAAAAGAAAAAAAAAAAUAGUAGGAGAUAG